AUGGCUACAGAUUCACUCAAGCCUAUACCAGUACCAGUUCAAGACGAAGAUCUACAGAACUCAACCACAGCUCUUCUCUCCUUCAACACAGAUUCUUCCUCGACUCCUCCGCUAAGACCCACCACCACCACCGUCCUUUUCAUCUCUCUCAUCCUCACCACCUGCCUAUCCCUUUCCACCGCCGUCGCCUUCGCCUUUCUCUUUUUCAAUUCCUUACCACCUCAUUCUCAUUCUCACCCCAACCAAACCUCCCAACCCGUUGUUGAAUUUUCUCGUCCACUCACAAAACUCAACCACCCAGUUGUUAUCUUGAUAUCAUCUGAUGGGUUUCGAUUUGGGUAUCAGUUCAAGACCCAUACGCCAAACAUUGAUCGAUUGAUUGAUAAUGGAACCGAAGCCGAAAAGGGUUUGAUUUCAGUUUUUCCAACUCUAACAUUCCCAAACCAUUACUCAAUCGCCACUGGCUUAUACCCAGCUUACCAUGGAAUUAUCAACAACUAUUUUGUUGAUCCGCAAACUGGUGAGCCUUUCACUAUGGCGAGUCAUGAGCCCAAGUGGUGGUUGGGAGAGCCAUUGUGGGAGACGGUGGUCAAUCAUGGUUUGAAGGCUGCAACAUAUUUUUGGCCUGGUUCUGAGGUAAUUAAAGGUUCGUGGACUUGUCCUGUGGGUUUUUGUAGGAAUUAUAAUGGUUCUGUGCCUUUUGAAGAGAGAGUAGAUACAGUUUUGAAGUAUUUUGAUUUGCCAAGUAGUGAAAUUCCUGUGUUUAUGACAUUGUAUUUUGAGGACCCAGAUCAUCAGGGUCACCAGGUUGGACCUGAUGAUCCUCAGAUUACUGAAGCUGUUGGUAGAAUUGAUAGGAUGAUUGGGAGGUUGAUUCAAGGUCUAGAAGAAAGAGGGGUUUUUGAGGAUGUUAAUAUAAUUAUGGUAGGUGAUCAUGGUAUGGUUGGUACAUGUGAUAAAAAGUUAAUCUUUCUUGAGGAUUUGGCGUCUUGGAUUGAAAUCCCAAAGGAUUGGGUUCAAUCUUAUAGUCCACUGCUUGCUAUCCGCCCACCACCUGGUUACUCUCCAUCAGAUGUUGUGGCAAAGAUGAAUGAAGGAUUGACAUCCGGGAAAGUCGAAAAUGGGAAUAACUUGAAAGUUUAUCUGAAAGAGGAGCUGCCUAGUCGGCUGCACUAUGCUGCAAGUGAUCGAAUUUCACCAAUAAUUGGAUUACUUGAAGAGGGGUUUAAGGUGGAACAAAAGGGAUCGAAGAGGAAAGAAUGUGGAGGAGCACACGGGUAUGACAAUGCAUAUUUUUCAAUGAGGACCAUAUUUGUUGGCCAUGGUCCUCAAUUUGGUAAGGGGCGAAAGGUCCCUUCGUUUGAGAACAUUCAGAUAUACAACUUGGUUACAGCAAUCCUCAACAUUCAGGGAGCUCCCAAUAAUGGGUCAGCGUUGUUUCCAAAUACUAUUCUUUUGCCUAGCCAUUAA